CUGCAGCAGGAGGAGGAGGAGGUCACAGGGAACCUGAACGAGACCUGUGCGACAGGCGGGAGCCAUCAGCGGUGCUGCGGCGCCGGCAAGGAAGCUCCUCGGGGCUGCGCUGAAGAGGGGUGCGAGAGGUGCUGCGCCUCAGCUUCCAGUCAGGACGAGCAGCAGGUCCCCAACGUCUUCUGCACUCGCGAGGCUGCCGUGGAAGCGCUGGAGCUGCUGGGUGCUACGUUUGUGGAUAAGAAACGCGACCUUUUGGGAGCCCACAAGUACUGGCGCCGGGCGAUGGAGCUGCGGUGCGAGGGUGGGCAGUACCUGCCUAAGCCCGAGCCCCGGCAGCUGGUGUUGGCCUACGACUAUUCCCGGGAGGUGAGUUCGCUGGAGGAACUGGAAGCCUUGAUUACCGACCCGGAUGAGAUGCGCAUGCAGGCGCUGCCCCGCGGCCGCUUCUGGGCGCCCUCCCCCCCGGACACUUCCUUUUACAUCCGCUACCGAGGAGCCGUCUACGCUGACUCCGGCAACUUUGAGCGCUGCAUUAACCUGUGGAAAUACGCUCUGGACAUGCAGCAAGGCAACCUGGAGCCUCUCAGCCCGAUGACCGCCAGCAGUUUCCUUUCCUUUGCCGAGCUUUUCUCUUACGUGCUUCAGGACCGCUCCAAAGGCACUUUGGCCACUCACCUGGGCUUCUCCGACCUCAUGGGGGUGCUGAGCAAAGGGGUGCGCGAGGUGGAGAGGGCUCUCGUGCACGGCAAGGACCCCGUGGUUGACUCGGCGCAGUUCACCAAGACGUUGGCCAUCAUCCUCCACCUGGUCUUCUUGCUGGAGAAGGUGGAGUGCACCCCGGAGCAGGAGCACCAGAAGCGCCAGACCGUCUACCGCCUGCUCAAGUGCAGCCCCCGCGCCAAGAACGGCUUCACCCCUUUGCACAUGGCCGUGGACAAAGACACCACCGCGGUGGGACGUUACCCCGUGGGCAAAUUCCCGUCGCUCCACGUCGUCAACUUGCUGCUGGAGCGGCACGUGGCCGCCCGCAACAACUGCCCGCUCAUCAUGAGCGCCCUCAUGGAGGCCGGAGCCCACAUGGACGCCACCAACGCCUUCAAGCAGACCGCUUACGAGCUGCUGGACGAGAAGCUGCUCACCAAGAGCAUGAUGCAGCCCUUCAACUACAUCACCCUCCAGUGCCUUGCUGCUCGCGCCCUGGACAAGCACAAGAUUCCCUACAAGGGUUUCAUCCCCGAGGAGCUGGAAGCUUUCAUUGAACUGCACUAGGGCGGGAGAGCUGCCCCCACCAGCCUUUCCCGUCGCCUCUUUCGCCCC